AUGGCCACGCUGGACUCGCACCCAUACAGCUCGCCCUCUCCCUCGUCCUCGACCCCACCAUCCACCAACCCCCUCCCCCGGUCCGCGUCCCCUCCUCCCUCACCCUCUCCCUGGAAACGCAUGGUCGGCAGACUGUCACGCAAAAACUCGGCCGCGUCGUCUCCCCAACUCGCGCAGACUGCGACGUUCGCACCCUCUCACGGACUGGGCGGUGCAGACGCCGACGGUCCCGGCGACAAGGGACAGCAGCAGCCAACGUUCUUCACCGGCGGAGGCGGAGGAGGGGCCAGCAACUCGUCUCACAGCGCACUCGCAAGCUCGACGGGUUCGCUCCGGCCGCCUUCGACGCCGGGAGGAGGGACCCGCUCGACCUCGUUCGCAUCGACUGCUCCGUCCGCCUCGCCCGGACUCCAACUCUCGCGCGGUACAAACUCCGGCCCAGACGGCUACUUCGGAGCACACGCUGGGAGUGUGAGCGGGACGUCCAGCCCCGCGCUAAGCAGCAAGAGUUGGAAGUCUGGGUCGAUGUCAAUGUCGGGCAAGGAGAACCACUCGCGCAAGACGGACAAGUUUCGGUCUUUGUCGCGCUCGCAACGCGGGCGGAGACGGAGUGGGACCGGUGCAGGAGCGGGAGCGGGCGACACCUCGACGCCCUCCCAACGGCUCGCCAGCAACCCGAUCGGCUCCUCUCAUUCGGGCGGAUCCAGCGCAGUCCGAUUCCUCCGCCGCGUCGCCUCGGCACCCAACACCAAAGCCCUCUUCAGCGGGUCACUCUUCUCCUCCUCUUCGAGCUCGCACCCGUACCCGGCUUCCAAGAACGCGUUCAGGGGAGACUCAGGGGAGGACGAGCGAGUGCCCCCGCUGCCGAAGGGGGUCAUACCCGUGGGAGAGAUGCACGAUUCGGGCGUGUCGUUCGGUUCGACGUCCGAGAAGAAGAAUGCCAAGGCGGGGGCGCCGACUCUCGACGGAACCAAGUCGAGUUCCGGGUCGUCUUCGUCCUCCUCCGGCGGCGGCGGCGUCUCGAAGAUGGCCCGCCAGCCCUCCCAAGCCUCCACCGCGCCCUCCCCAACCCGCUCUCGCUCCUCCCCUCAAAUCAGCAACAAGUCUCCCUCGCUGCCUUCCUCCUCUCUCCUCGCCCCUCCCUCGCCCAACCUCCCUACCACCUCCCUAAACGCCGGCGGCCUCCCCGGCUCCCCCCGCGCCGCCUUCCGCCGAACCUACUCCUCCUCCUCGAUCCGCGUUCGGAACCUCGAAGUCGGCCCUUCCUCGUUCCAGAAGAUCCGGCUCUUGGGAAAAGGGGAUGUAGGGAAGGUGUAUCUCGUGAGGGAGAAACAGAGCAGAAAGUUGUUUGCGAUGAAGGUGUUGAGUAAGAAGGAGAUGAUCAAGAGGAACAAGGUCAAGCGCGCGUUGGCCGAGGAGGAAAUCCUCGCCGGCUCGAACCACCCGUUCAUCGUCACGCUCUACCACUCUUUCCAGUCCGACGACUAUCUCUACCUCUGCAUGGAAUACUGCCUCGGCGGCGAAUUCUUCCGCGCGCUCCAAACCCGUCCGGGCAAGUGCCUCCCCGAAGAAGACGCAAAGUUUUAUGCGGCAGAGGUGGUGGCGGCGUUGGAGUACCUCCAUUUGAUGGGGUUCAUUUACAGGGAUUUGAAACCCGAGAAUAUCCUCCUCCACGAAACAGGCCACAUCAUGCUCUCCGACUUUGACCUCUCGAAACAAUCCGACCCGAACGGGUUCGGUGGCGCACCGGCUGCGAUCAAACUUAUCACGCCGAAUGGGGUGCCGCUUGUUGAUACGAAGAGCUGUAUUGCGGAUUUUAGGACGAACUCGUUUGUUGGGACCGAGGAGUACAUCUGCCCCGAGGUCAUCAACGGGCGAGGACACAGUUCGGCCGUCGACUGGUGGACGUUCGGCAUUCUCGUCUACGAGAUGCUCUACGGCUGCACGCCCUUCAAAGGCCCGAACCGUCACGCGACCUUCUCCAACGUCCUCCGCAACGAGCCUUCCUUCCCCGACCACCCAGCCACGACCACCCUCUGCAAGAGCGUCAUCAAGAAGUUGUUAAUCAAGGACGAGAAUCGGAGGUUGGGGAGCCAGAGCGGCGCGAGCGAGGUCAAGCAGCAUCGGUGGUUUGCGAGUAUCAAUUGGGGGCUGUUGAGGCAUCAGAAACCGCCUAUCGUUCCGCAGGUCGUAAACGCCGAGCAAACCAACUUCCGCUCGAUGCGCGAGUCGAAAUCGCUCGACCUCGAAGGCCAAUCCGCGUGGCUUCCCUGGCCGGAAGCCGAAGACGGGUUCCACCAGACUCCGUCCGCCUCGCCUUUGCCUACUCCUGGUCUGACGCCAGUUGGGACGCCCGGGUUGGGAGCAGCACCGACGAUGGUUGUGGAUGUUGUGCCGAGUGCGAAGAAGGAGAGGAAGGAGAGGAGGCAUAGGAAGGAGGGCGCUGAGGGGGUUAUGGCGUGA